GAGAGAGAGAGAGAGAGUUUCUCCUAAACUUCCCACACGCAUAAGUUGAACUGACAGAGCCUGUCCCAUACUGAACACAGCGCGUGCAACUCACUUUCGGAUCUUAUUAUACCUCAGCUCUACUUAUACACCAGACGUAUAUUACCAGUAAAUAAGGCAUUUAAAUGAAAGAGGAUUAUUACCGCCGGUGUAUCAUUGCAGUUCUAUUCAAAUGGAUUUGGGAUUGUUUUUCGCCAUGAGAACCCAUUCACGCGCACAUCGGCCCUCCUGACGCACGAGGAAACAACAAACCACCUGUUUUGGGGGGAAAAGAAAACUUCCCACGGAUAUAACGCACAGUGCUCGAGCGCGCUCGGAUCGCGCGCGUGCACGGUGAACAGCGUCAGAGCGGUAGAAUGAGGAAUGACGCGCGUGCACGAUGGCCCGAGAGGACUCGGUGAAGUGCCUGCGCUGUCUGCUGUACGCUAUCAACUUACUGUUCUGGCUAAUGGCUCUGUGUGUGCUGGGAGUUGCUGCUUGGCUUAGAGAUUACCUGAACAAUGUGCUCACCUUAACUGCAGACACCAGGCUGGAAGAAGCAGCGGUCCUCACAUACUCCCCUGCGGUCCACCCUGUUGUCAUCGCCGUGUGCUGUUUCCUAAUCAUCGUGGCUAUGGUGGGCUACUGUGGCACACUGAAAUGCAAUCUGCUACUCCUCUCCUGGUACUUUGGCAGUCUGUUGGUGAUCUUCUGUGUGGAGCUGGCCAGCGGCGUGUGGACAUAUGAGGAGCCCUCAGUCCAGAGGUCAGAUAUGAUCAGCCUGAAGUCACGUAUGCCGAACUACGGCCUGCAGCGAUAUCAGUGGCUAACACACGCAUGGAACUCCUUUCAGACUGAGUUCAAAUGCUGCGGCGUGAUCUACUUCACCGAUUGGCUAGAGAUGACAGAGAUGGAAUGGCCACCUGACUCCUGCUGCUCCAAUCAGUAUGCAGGCUGUGCUCGCCACGCCCACUACAGUGACCUGAGCGACCUGUACCAGGAGGGUUGCGGACCAAAGAUAUACAGUUUUAUCCGAGGCACGAAACAGCUGCAGGUCCUUCGCUUCCUGGGCGUGUCUAUAGGAGUGGCGCAGAUCCUGGCUAUGACGCUGACCCUCACGUUGCUCUGGGCACUCUACUAUGACCACAAACCUCCUGAUCCUACUCCUCCUGAAACAAUUACACAUACACACUGCCUAGCCGAAGAGUCACAAAAGCCUGGACCCGGGUACCUACGGACAUCUGACACCUGGGCUAACGGACGCAGCCAUUUUGAAAUGGAGCAACUUUGCUAGCAAACACUGUAUGACAAAUAAACGGUCUGGUUUCUUUACAGUUCUGUACAGCCAUCCAUUGCCGCUGUUAUGAAGAGUUCGUGACUCUUCAUUUUUUUUUCACAACAUCUAAAACUUAUGGAGCUUCUUCUGUACACUGGAACUACCGAAAAAUGGAGAUGAGGUAGCAAGAAAGCACCCAAUUUGAGCACGGCGGUGUCCUAUACGAGCAAGGGAGCAUCUUAUAUGGCAUGGAAGUGCCCUAUACAAGCAUUAAAGCACCCUAUACAAGCAGAGAUGCACCCUAUAUGGGCAAGGAGGAAUCCUAUUAGAGCAGUAAAGCACCAAAUACAAUCAGAAAAGCACCUUAUAUGAGCAAGGAGGCACACUGUACAAGUAGGGAAGCGCCCUAGACGAGCAUGGAAUCACCCCAGAUAAGCAAGGAAGCCCCUUAUACAAGGAUACACAUUAGGAUGCUGCAGAACACUUACAACAUACCCUUAAAACCUCUAGACUUUCAUCCAAAGAAGACUGUGGCAAUGUACCUAAAAAGCUAUUCAGCAUUUCCCCCUAAAACCACUGAAGUAUAAAAGACUUCAGGAGGCUACAAGGUUUUUAUGUACAUAUUUUUACCUGACAAUUCAGGAUUUAAAGGGCAAUAAUCACUAGACAUGUGCAUAAACUUGGGUCUUAACUGUUUUUUAAUAGUGUAUUAAUAAAUUCCCAACGAUUCUAAGUUUUUUUUGGAUGUACUUCUACAUGUCUUAAUUCACUAGCACUGUGAUGUAAAUUAUAGAACAGUUUUAGACAUCGAAACCUUACAGCUGUGGCUUUGCUGAGAACAGCUGAAAACACGCUGCGCUUUGUAAUUACGUAUCGUAUCGUGUACACUGAACCAUGUGUGAGACUUACAGUGCAUUUAGCAAUCAGAAUCUACCCUUUUGGCAUUUUCAAUGUUUGUUUGUUGAAACUGUGCUGAAAUGUAGUCCAUAACUUGCUUAAGGGUAGUUCCAGGCUGAAUUACAGUUCCUUUCAGCAGGAUGCAGUAGGUAUAGUGUGUUUUGUAAUGACUGCAAACUGAGCUUAUUACAAUAGCACAGUUUGCAGUCACUAAAAACACUUUACACCUAUAGCAAAAUAAUCAGCACAAGGGUGGAAACAGCCGAAGGGCUUUAAGGCCUCCUUACAGAAGGAAAAAUAAACAAUAAAUGAAUAUUCUCAGUU